GUUUCUGUAACCUUACUCUUUCUUUGUUUCCUAGAGUCUUAAUCUUUUUAAUUCAAUAUCUUAUUUAAUUUUUUUUUCUUUUGUCCUUUUUAAUCAAAUCUGUGGUAGCAAAAACUACAACCCUUUUCAUCGAGUGUCAAUCCUUGCAUCGAAAUUCUUAUACAAAGUCAUGACGCGUCAAAUACUUGAAACCAUUUGAGUUUUUUCUCGUAAAACAACCCAUUUGAGUUGAUUACCAACAGUUUGUUCUUAACAGUCCAUUUAGAUCUAUGAAGUGGAAGAAAUGAGUGAAGAAAUUUGAAUCUCACUCUCCAUGGCUGCAACCAUUUCUUGCUCUUUCUCUCUUUACUCAUCAUUAGACACUCAAAAGCACAAAUCUUUCUGUUACACAAAUACCCAUCUCUUCAAAUCACACCACAAGUUAUCAAAAUCUUCAAACCCAUAUCUUCUUCUUCACAAAUUCAACCGUCAUUACUCCACGUUUCAUAUUUGUUCAUCAUCUCAAUCUCCUUCAGAAUCAUUUUUUGAUGACCCCCCACCAAAAUCAAGUAUUUUUCUCACUACCCCGGAGCUAGAUAAGUUUCAAAUCCUCAAGAAUUAUGGAUAUGUUCAUGAAUUUGAACAUGGGUCAUUGUUUGUUAAAGUUAUGGAAGAAGAUGAAAUGGAUAUUACUAUUGGUUUGCUUGCAGAAUCUUUUGCCGAGUCUAUGAUGUUGCCAUUACGAUAUGUGAAUGUAUUAGGGUUCUUGAUUAAACAGUAUAUGAUUGAGAGACGAGGUUUAAUGCCGAAUACAGCGUUUUUAGUUGGGUUUUAUAGAGGGAAAGAUGGUGAAGAAGAGGAAUUGGCGGGAACUGUGGAAGUUUCAUUUAAUAAAAAGGGGUCUAAUACUAAUCCUCCAUCUCCAACUCCACCUAAAGAUUCACCAUAUAUUUGUAACAUGACAGUCAAGAAGCAACUUAGAAGGAAGGGAAUUGGUUGGCAUCUUUUGAAGGCAAGUGAAGAACUGAUACCUCAGAUGCGUAAGUCUUCAAGAGAAGUGUACUUGCACUGCAGAAUGAUCGACACGGCUCCAUUCAGUAUGUAUACUAAAGCUGGUUAUGAUAUCAUCAAAACAGAUGGCAUCUUAGUCCUAUUGCUACUACAACGACGAAAACACUUGAUGUGCAAACAGCUGCCAAUUUACAGCAACCCAUCAUCAGAAUCAGAUACCUCGAGCUCAGAAGAUUAUCCUCUUCAUGAAUUUCCAUUAUGAAAUGAUCCAUCCUCGGAAAUCCGUGUAUGCUCUGCAAAUUGAAGGUACUUGCCUUAACUACUUGAAGUUCUUUCAUUCACAACCACAUUCGGCAAUUCUCGUUUUCUUCUUUGUAACUGUUUAGUUCUGUUGUGUACCUUUCACAUAGUCUUUUUGCUGUAAAUUCUGAAGUAUAGUUUGAUAUUUUUUCUUUCAUCUUAUAAUGAAAACCUAAUUGGAAAUACUUGGAACA